GGUGCUUCAGGCUGUUCUGUUUGUUUCUGUGUUUGUAUCACAUGAACUGGUUUGAAACAGUUGUUUCUAUAUUAAACAGCACAGUGCCACUGUAAAUGUAAAACAUGUCUCCGUGCAGCGGAAGAACCGCAGUCAGUUCAGUAAUGCUGCUUUACUUUGUUUUGACGUUUUUAGCACAGGCUACAGAAGCUAAGAAUUCAGAGGACAUCCGAUGUAAAUGUAUUUGCCCACCUUACAAAGAGGUUGAAGGUCAGAUCUACAAUCAAAAUGUUUCCCUAAAGGAUUGCAACUGCCUUCAUGUUGUGGAACCGAUGCCAGUCGAAGGAAAAGAUGUGGAAGCCUACUGUUUACGCUGUGAAUGUAAAUAUGAGGAGAGAAGUUCCAAAACCAUCAAGAGGACGAUUAUAAUUUACCUGUCAGUUCUGGGUCUGCUUCUGCUCUACAUGGUUUACCUGACUCUGCUCGAGCCUAUUCUAAAAAGACGACUUUUCGGCCACUCACAGCUCAUCCAGAGUGAUGAUGAAGUUGGGGACCAGCAGCCAUUUGCCAAUGCCCAUGAUGUGCUGUCUCGCACACACUCUCGUUCCAAUAUGCUGAACAAAGUGGAGCACGCCCAGCAGCGCUGGAGAAGGCAGGUCCAGGAGCAGCGCAAAUCCGUGUUUGAUCGGCAUGUGGUGCUCAGUUAAAUACACCUCCCUUAAUGGACUUUGUUGAAUGAGCACUGUUGUUAAUAGCUUCAUCUUGUCUACAGUGUCCAGUUCUCGACUUUAUUCUGGCCUUGUGCAGUACCCAUCUUUAAAACAUACAUUCUUGUGUCUGUCGGCGUAUGUAGGAUUUGUAAUGAUUUACGGUGGGUGAAACACUAGUCUGUUGUACUAAAUAUUCUGUUGAUAUUUGGCAUGAUGUUGAUAUUUGGUUUAUGGCUCUACACAUUUUGAAUAUUUGAAUGUAAUUUUGUUUUUUCUUUAAAAGUAAAGGGCAUGGUAUUAUUCACUCCUAUAUUAACAAACAUUACUCAGUGCAUUUCAGUCACAUUUUACAUAAUGGAUGUGUAAGUGCCAAUUUUUGUGUUUACUUUAACAUUCAUACAAACAGUUUUCAUGGUCAAAAACCCAGAAGGCAAUGAUGGUGGUGUUUUUCACCAUAUCUUGCAUGUAGCCCUCUAGCAAAUGGCCAAAAGAUAUUCGAUGUCAAGGCCAAACAUUUCUGUGCCUGCAUAAAACCCCCCUGAUAUAAAGGUUUAAGUAAUCUUUGAAUUUUUGGAUGGUUUCUCCUUUUCAUACAUAAGGUACAUUUUAACAAAUGACUAUUGCACAAUAUUAUUGCUAAUAAUUUGAUCUGUAUCCAGAUCCAGAACUUAUUAAAUCAGAUCCAUUGCACUCCUUAGCGUGGUUGUUAUGGUUUCAGUGUACACACACUAGCACUUUAUUCCACUAGUGUGAACAUCUCGUGCACAUCUCAUAGUAUGAUCAGGUGUAUUGUAGACUUCCACAUAAACCUUUGUUCUUGUCUUUUAUAAUCAUAUCAAUAAAAAUUUUAUUUAAAAGUUUCUUAAAUACAUUUAUACAUGCGUAAAUGAUCAUUAGGUUUUACUGCUAAAUUGUGAAUUUUUGGUUUCGUGCUAGUUUCUGUUAAUGUAUAAUAUUCUUACUAUGAUUUUCUUUUUUUUUUUUUUUUUUUUUUACAAUUUCACUAGCUCCAGUAUACUGUGUUUGAUCGUUAAGGACAGUAUUGCUAAUGCAUUAACACUGUAAGCAGAUCAUUGUAAUGUGCUGUUUAGUUUUAAAUAAUUAAGUGUUUGGGAGAUUAUUGAUGAAUGGGAUAAUCAUUAUAAAAAGCUAUGUGUUGUAUCUGUGAUCCUUUCUAAUAUUUAAUACAGUUCUGUAAAAAUC